AUGCCGGAGCAGCAGCAGACUGAUGGCGUCGGUGCCCUGGAAGAAUCUGUCGACAGCAUACCGGCGAAAGCUACCGAUGCAGUAAUGCAUCCCGCAAAAAUCCCGAUCGACGAGACAUUCCGCUUCGAGAUUCUGAUUGAAAAAGACGACAACUUUCGCCUUGGCCAUUUUCGCUUAUAUAAAGCCGAACUGCUCAGAGCAAUUGACAGUGCAAGCAAACUAGAGGAAUUUCGCGAAUUUUUUGGCAGUGCAAAAGAUAUGGACAAUAUUUUGAGGCUGUACAAAGAUGAAAACAAAAGGCGCGAGGCGUUGAACGACUUGUUCUGGUUCGGUAUAUGUUAUAAUCGACAAGCAAUGGAUCGCUUAGUUUCUCUAGCAUCCGAAGUGAACAAAGAUUUACCUGUACAGAUCUACCAGGAUAUACCACCGAAAGCGUUAGAAUGGUAUUACAAAAUGUUUACUGAAGAUCCGUUGCGUAUGGACAAACUCACAACACUUAUGUACCCAGCUGCAGUGUGUGAAAAACUUGAUGAUGCCAGCUAUGAUCACAUAGUAAAGGCCGUCAUGGAAAUUAUGGAACGAAUGGGUAAGUGA